AUGCCAUUUGGGCUGUGCAAUGCUCCUGCUACUUUCCAGCGUUGUAUGAUGUUUAUUUUUCCGGAUCUGAUUGAGGAAAAAGUAGAAGUCUUCAGGGAUGACUUCUCAGUCUAUGGACACUCUUUCUCCUCUUGUUUGUCUAACCUGUCUCAGGUCCUGGAGAGGUGUGAGGAGCACAGGUUAGGUCUCAACUGGGAGAAGUACCACUUCAUGGUACAAAAGGGAAUAUUGUUGGGGCACAAGAUCUCAGAAGCUAGAAUGAAAGUGGACAGAGCAAAGGUGGAAGUGAUGGUGAAUAUGCAAGCUCCAAAUUCAGUCAAGGGAAUAAAAAGCUUUCUUGGGAUCCUUGAUACUGCACAAGAAAAGUAUGCAACCACUGCACAAGAAAAGUAUGCAACCAGUGGCCAAGUAGAGGUCUCAAACAGACAGAUUAAGGCCAUCUUAGAAAGGACAGUGAGCAACUCAAGGAAAGACUGGAGCAAGAAGUUGGAUGAUGCUCUCUGGGCCUAUAGGACUGCUUACAAGACUCCCAUUGGAACAUCACCUUUCAAUCUACAGCUCAAGAGAAGAGGGUACUCCAGUUGCAUGAAAUUGAAGAAAUCAGACUUAAUGCCUUUGAGAGUGCAAGGAUAUACAAGGAACAGACCAAGAUCUUGCAUGAUCAGAAAAUUCUCAAGAGGGGGUUUAAGGUGGGACCUGGUUCUUUUGUUUAACUCAAAGCUCAAGCUCUUUCCUGGUAAAUUAAGGGCAAGAUGGUCAGGACCAUUCAGGGUUUUAGAGGUUAUAAGCUAUGGAGCAUUGGUCUUAGAAGGAAAAGAUGGAAAGGGUUUUGUUGCGAAUGGACAAAGGGUCAAGCAUUACCUAGUUUCAGAGAAGAGAGAGGAAGCUUCUUCAGUUCCUCUUGAUGAUCCACUAGCCUGUUAA